GCUUUGCGGUCGUUCUCGUAAGUAGGACUCUUGACAGGUAUAAGAGCAAUCAGCAUCUCAACUACGAAUCACUUCUUCAUCACUCCGUCUCAUAAGAACAUUCCCUGUCUCAGGAUCUUCAUUUCCUAUCAUCGUAAACUUACAUUCAUUCACUAGCUGGUCUACCUAACUUUUAGAAUUACCUGCUGGUACAGGAUGCAUUUCCAAACUUCAGUCACCAUCAGCCUUCUGGCUAUCAUCCAUCUCGUGGCCGGCCACGGUGCGAUCGUCAACGCAGUUGGUGACCAGGGUGGUCAAGGUAUGGCUCUUGGUAUUGAUCCAAGCACUCCACGGGAUGGCUCGAGGAGGAAUCCAUUCCAGAGAGACUCUACUCGUUUUCGAGGGGCUGCGAAGGCUACGUGUGGUGAAACUCUUGCGGGAGGCGACAACGAUAUCCAGGCCGGAACCCAAGCUAUCUUGCAGAUGACUGGUGGCCAGCUUCCUCAGAUUUCGCCUGGCGGAGAGAUCACCAUGACCGUUCAUCAGGUCAACGGUGAUGGAGCGGGUCCUUACACCUGCAUGAUUGACACCUCGGGCACUGGCACGAACUGGCAGGCAAUCGACGUCACACAACAAGUGCCAGGCAAUAAUGGUCGAAGCCAAGCGAGAGCAACUGACAUUCCUCUCAAAGCAGCCAUCCCAGACGGUACUACUUGCACUGGUACAGUUGCUGGCCAACAGAACGUAUGCAUGGUUCGCUGUCAGAAUCCUGCUCGUGCAGGUCCAUUCGGUGGUUGUGUUCCUGUCCAGAUGGGAGGGGCCGCAGCUCCAGCCACAGGUAAUUCCACGACGCCGGCAGCUGGCGCUGCCAACGCCGCGGCUGCAGACGAGGCUGCUGCAGAUGCAGCUGAGGAAGACUAG